GUUGGGGAUCCACGGCGCCCCGGGACUGAAGACGCGGUCCGGUGGCCCUUGUCCUUGCCCAGAUCCCCGCCCUUCAGCCUUUCCUUUCUCCCCGCAGGAUGAGGCGUGCAGGCCUGGGUGAAGGGGCCCCUCCCAGCGCCUACGGCAGCCAUGGCUACACGGGCAGCGGGUACAGCGCCUGCGAGGAGGAGAACGAGAGACUCACGGAGAGCCUGCGUAGCAAGGUCACUGCCAUCAAGUCUCUUUCCAUUGAAAUAGGCCAUGAAGUUAAAAGUCAGAAUAAAUUAUUAACUGAAAUGGAUUCACAGUUCGAUUCUACAACUGGAUUUCUAGGGAAAACCAUGGGAAGACUGAAGGUUUUGUCCCGAGGAAGCCAGACGAAGCUGCUCUGCUACAUGAUGCUCUUCUCACUGUUUGUCUUCUUUGUCAUUUACUGGAUUAUUAAACUGAGGUGAUGCUCACAAUUGUGGGUUUGGGAUUUGUUCCAGCUUCCUGGCUUGGAGUGCCACUUGGAUUAAAAUCAGCAUUGACACAUUCCUAGUUUUCAGUACUGUGGCCUUUUUCAUUGAAGAUGACUGAAUUUUUGUUUUAUAAAUCACAUUAGAUAACACAGUGCUCUUUGAAUACUGUUUCUUGGUGACUCAUUGUGGCCCCUAUUUUCAGGGGUAUGAGAUGGUGGGGCUCUAUCAGUGUUUUUUCCUGUUGUUUGCCAACUGUCAGACUAAACUGUUCUGCUGUCCCUAUAAGUGUAGGUUCCUGCCCCAUGUAAAGAAAGUUAGUGGGAGAGUGACAGGAGGCCCAGAGAGCCUGUGGAGUGGCUGUGGGGAAUGGCCACUGGUUCUCAGCUGCUGUUGGCUAUGUUGGUAUGCCCCGUUUCCUUCAUCUGAUUAAAAUUGUAGGACAAUUUCUCUUUACCUACCGUCUUCCCAGUAAUCCUUGAUAAUAUGACCCUCUACCAUCUCUGCCCAGAGAUCUCGUCCUUUAAACAAAGCUUAUUAUUUCUAGUGGGGUCCGGUAUACAUGUGUAUUAGUAUAAUGUUUGUUCUACAUUCACUUUAUAAAUUCCAAUGACUUGGCUUGUAAUAGUUUUAUGAUUUUUGCUACUUAGGUAGGCCAUUUAAUUGUCAUUUGUGACAGAAUAAUGUGAAGUAAUUGCUAAACUCUGAAUGGAAAUAGUGGUCACGAAACUCAGGCAUUGGACUUGGAGUUAUGAGUAUUGUUGCUUUAAUCUGGUAUAUUUGUUUAUGGAAAGCAAAACACAAAGGUGGACUGUUGAGUAAAAAGAAAUAUUAAAAUAUUGUUAAAUACUCUGUACUGCUACUAUUUUGGAAGUUACUCGUUUGUAGGCUCCAAAAAUAAUUUUUUAAAUAAAAUAUACUAAUUGACUUGC